AUGUCCGUCACACGCUCCGUCCCGAACCUCACCCUCGCCGCCGCGCAGCACGCCGCAAGCGCCUGCGAAGCCAAAGCCCGCGACAUCGGCGUCCCCAUGAACAUAGCUAUCACGGAUGCCGGCACCCACCUCCUCCACUUCUCGCGCAUGGACGGCGCAAAGUUGACUUCGAUCAAUGUCGCCAUCGACAAGGCCUUCACGGCUUCCGGGCACCGCGUCCCCACUUCCAUGUACAAGGAGGCUGUUUGGCCCGGUGGCCCGGCUUAUGGUAUAAACCACUCCAACGGUGGCCGCUUCAUGACUGUGGGCGGAGGCGUGCCCAUCAAGGACGCCAAGGGAGAGGUGCUGGGCGCUAUUGGUUGCAGUACGGGUACUCCGGCGCAGGAUGAGGAGGUCUCGAAAGCGGGAGUGGAGGCUGUCGAAAAGCUGUUGAAGUCGGGCGGCACGCUGAAAGCCAAACUCUAA